GUUUUCUCUUAUCCAAUUUCUAUUCUUCCCCCAAUAACCAAUAACCACGAUUACCGAACUCAUCGCCGCCACUACCAAUACAAACCACACACACAUUUUGUCACGAUGCCGCUUUUGUAAUGGAUCCAAGCCAGGUAGCGACUAUUCAAGCCCACCCCCUCGGCACACAUCUCGAUGCGGCGCGCACCGCAUUCAACGAAGUCGUCGGGCCCUCUGACGACCUCGAUACAGUCGGCGAUGAAGUGCUUCGGAAUCCAGCACUCUGCCUUCUCCCUUUACUCCAGAACCAUCCCGUCUCUCGCCUCCUGCCUUCUAGAACGGGUCGCGGCACCCUCCGAACCGACCUUCUCCGACUGGAAGCUUCUCUGGAUUCCGGCGAACUAGAUUUGAAUCACAUCCGACCGCUUCUCGAUGCAGUGCUCACGAAUGCCUCUGACACCGAUAUCUGGGAACAAGUCUACCACGCUGUUACUGAAUCUACACCCCCCCGCAAACCCAUCUCUUCUAUCCUGCAGACACCAUGGCGCCUCAAUACAAGCAGCGUCGUAAAUUCUUCGGAGAAGCGAGAUCAGAUGGAUAAGUUAUUGAGUGACGAACUUGGCGUUAUGUACAUCGAUGUUCCGUAUUUCUACGAAGCUUUUUGGGGUGGCAUUCCACAACUUGAGACAGCAUCCGAAAUGAUCUUCCAGAAAUGCACGCAAGGAAUGCAACCCCCCUUCCGAGAAGGCUGGACCGGAUGGCCAAAAGAUGCCAAGCAAGAAAGCGUUCUGGCCUGGCUUGCCGACAUUAUCGAACGCUUUUUAGGAUGGGCGCAAGAGUAUAGACCAACAAUAACGCGCAGACCAUUAGCGCAGCCCGACACACCACUCGAGGGCUCAGUCGCGAAGCGUAAGCUGGACGUUGGGCUUGUGGACGACCCGAAGGCCGAUAAAGCUAGAGCCGGAAAGUACCAUUGGUCACAUAUCCUAGUACCUGGCGAGCUUAAGAGCAACUCGAACGACGAUAUAGCAUCCAAGGCCCACCUCGACAUAGCAAGAUAUGUGAGGGAGGUUUUUACUGCCCAGCCUACGCGGCGCUUUAUUCUAGCCUUUACCCUAUGCGGAGAUUGGAUGCGGCUUUGGGAAUUCGACCGGCUUGGAGGCAUUGCAUCGGAAAAGUUCAACAUUAAUACGGACGGACAGCGUUUCGUAUCGACAAUUCUUGGUUUCCUUUGGAUGGACGAUGAAGCUCUCGGUUUCGACCCUACAAUUAUCAAAUCGGAACACCGGCAAUAUAUCGAAAUCCAACAGGAUACAAAGAUGGAGCGUCUUAUUCUAGACAAAGUCAUUAGACCAGCGCAUAGCAUAGUAGGCCGUGCGACUAUAUGCUGGAAAGCAUAUUUAGAAGGAGGCAAGUCGAAGCCCUUUGUUAUUAAGGAUUCAUGGCAGUUCCCGGAACGCGAUGAGGAAGGCGAACUGCUACAGCAAGCGACGCAUCAAAAGGUAACAAACGUAGCGCGGCAUUAUUACCACGAGACGGUAUAUAUACAGGGAAAAGAGGACAACAUUCGGAGCAAUGUUCGAAGAGGGCUGGAUAUCACAAGAGCAAGCAACUAUCGAGUCGGGCGCGCACGUAACUUGCGGGUCACCGGCUCAAAGCGAUCAUCCAGCCAGACUGGUACCCUGCUUCCACCCGCCAAACGCUCUCGUUCAGGUUCUACAUCUCCAACAAAGCACGAUAACGAAACUCUUCUUAAUCGGAUACACCGACGCAUUGUUCUCUGCGACUAUGGGGAGCCCAUCUAUAAGGCAAGUUCCCGAGCUGCCUUACUCGCUGCAUUAGAAGGAUGUAUUAUAGGGCAUGAGUCUCUUCUUAAGGCUGGCUUCCUUCACAGAGAUAUCUCCAUCAAUAAUCUCAUGAUAAACAAGGGCUCUUCCUUUUUGAUUGAUCUAGACCUUGCAAUUCAUGUGGAUCGAAUAGAGGCGUCCGGUGCGAAGGGAAUCACUGGUACGAGAGCCUUCAUGGCAAUUGGUGUCCUUAUGGGCGAAGGUCACUCCUUUAUGGACGAUCUCGAGUCGUUCUUCUGGGUUCUCUUCUGGCUCUGCAUUCAUUAUGAUGGGCCAAAUGAAAGAAAAGCUGUGAAGCAGUUUGAGAAGUGGAAUAUAGAGGAUACCGAUGAGCUAGCUCGACUAAAGCUAGGAACAAUAUCUAAAAGACCAUACUUUAAUAAUACUGUAUCAGCGCACUUUACCCCAUACUAUAGACCUUUGAUACCUUGGGUCGUCAAGCUACGGGACGUGGUAUUUCCUGAUAAUGGAAAUUGGGAGAGAGAAGAUAAAACUCUAUAUUCCCGGAUGAGGCAAAUCCUUCGCGAAGGCCAGAACGAUCCACUAGUACUAGCAGACUAAUAAAUAUCCAUUGGCUUCUCAAGCAUGUUCUGUAGCAUAUAAAGCAUGCAGUUGAGUAGCCCUAUCGCGUCCUGUUGGGGCUCGAGAAAAUUGUAAUUCAAGGGUGAUGUUGUAACGAACUUGCCUUACGUCACCUGAGAGGCAAGCGCAGCAGCAUCAGGGUGUUCUUGAUUUGUAGGCAACACUAAGACAAUCAGCGGAGUGCUCGGUAAGGAGGCUUGAAGCGAACUCCCACCAUUAUACAGAGAAAGAAGUAUAGAUGGAAGCCAA